AUGUUUUCUCCAUCUGUCGCUCAGGGUGGCCCUGCGACGGCAACUCGUUCACGCCGCCGCCAACGUCCCUUGAGCUCCGAACAUGUCGCUCAGCAGCCAAAAGCCAAGAGGCAGAGAGUUCCCUUGACAGAGCAGACCUUUGUCAACCCCGAUGCCCAGCAGGAAAUGAUCGAGGUAAAGACCGAUGCCAAGGUCGCAACUCUACCCGCCAAAAACAAAAACAAAAACAUCGAGCCUCCUCCCGAGAGCCCCAGCCCAGUGCUGCGCAAGGAAUUGAAUGUUCGCGCGAAGAAGGCAAAGCAUGGCGACCGCGCCGCUAACAAAGGCGACGGAAGUCUUGUUUUGACAAGCACAAACGCAUACAGCGUCAGCAAGCUCCCAGCUCUACCUGACAGGAUUCGUACAGAUUGGUCAGCCUACCAAACUGCCGACAUCUUCUCCACAGGCUAUGCUCUUUCUCUCACCCAAACACACGCCCUUGUCUGGCCCUACACAUCGACAUCACAAUCACCCGAAACCUUUUCCUUCAACCUCCCAUCAACGUCCAAACCCAACGAUUCCCUUCCUGUAGGAUGCCUCGUAUCGCCGUCUGCGUCAUCCGCGGAACCUGGACUGGUUGUGGUCAUGGGAGGUAGUGGAAAAGUCGUCUAUUGGGAGUCAAUUGCCAGCGCGGCUACAUUUGUCUUCAUGAAGAAGGAUCGGACUGGAGUCGAGUACACUAUAUCGGGAAUGCAGACUGGGGAAAAGGUUGUGGCUAUCACGAACGCCGAAUCCGCCGGAUUCAUUCUCACCUUCAACUCUGGCCGCCUUGCCUACAUGAAUGUGCGUGACGGCCAAGGUCGCCCUGCCAUUUCUGUACAGUUUCUUCGCAACAGCCUGUCGCCCUCCACAGGUGGAAUCUUUGGCAGUAUUCGACAUGCUUUUCAACACUUGUCUCUCAAAGGAGAUGUUGCAGCUGUCCGUGCGGACCGAUCCUCGCGAACAGGCGAGAGAAACAUUGUGGCCCUCACCAGCAAAGGCCGACUGCAUGCAUGGAGAGUCCACCGCGGAGGCCAUAACGAGGUGAUCGGCGACGCAGACGUGCGUGAAAACAUCAUCGCCGCGCUCCAGGAGACCGAUCCCGCAUCCCAGGAAUACCCCCAUGAUUCUUUCGAGGCAGUUGAUUUUACUUACGUGCCAAAGGGCUUGGAAUCCAAGUACCUUGAGUUGAGUAGGCUCAGCGAGGCUAUGGCCACCGAUGAUUCCUCGGUACAACAUCUUCUGAUACUUGUCAGCCUGACUUUGCGAAGCACGGCUCGGUACGCCUUAGUUGAAGCUAUCCUGACGCCCCAAGGAUGCCAAAUAGGGAUGAUUCGUCCCAUUACCUCAUAUAGUGCACCAUCUUCACCCUCCGAUACCGCACGGCCACGUCUAUAUCUUCCUCGCCCUGCCCUGGUUGCUUUCGUCGUCUUCGAUCGCGCCACUGUCAUCGCAUCCAUUGCUGUCCCACCACAGUCUCCUGAGUCACAGCUCCAAACCGACAGUCACAUUUUACCUGCCGCUUUCGAAGAUGUUGUCGAUUUCCGCGAAGAUGAUGUACACGAAAUCAUCGGCUCAGGGUUUGAAGAAAGUUCGCCUGCCCUUAGCCAUGAAGAGCAUCGACUUCAUCGACCCAGGACGAAGAAUCCCGCUGUGGUUCUCAUGGUUCGAGGUGCCGGCGUAGUGCGAAUCGUGACAACUGACGUGGAUAAGUUUGCUAGUGACACGCCCCCGGAGGUUUCUGCGAAGAGCAAGAUCGAACAGUCCGUCUUCUACGGCGUUAAACAAGACAAUCCUCUGGCCUUCGACGGACGACAAGAAAUCAAAUUUUCCAACGAAGAAGUUGCCCAUGCUGCACUGGAAGUUAGCCACGAGAUCUUGAGCUCAAACACUCCUUUUAUCUCUACUCUCCCGGCUUCGCUAGAGGACAAUCUCCGAGCUCGGUCGACUGCACUUGAGAGAUUGAUAGCUCAGCUUAACAUUAUGGGGGCAGACCUCGAUCGCAAGACACGUUGGAGCUUGCUAUAUGAUGCCGAGAAGAUGCAUGUGGCUACAUUGCUCUGGAAACGACACGAAGCCUUCACUGCAUCACGACCAGCGAAUGCCAAGAAGAGCCUUAUUGGUUAUAUUGUUGAGUUCAUUCACCAAGAUGAUAAACACAACCCUGUUGCUGAGGCUGGCGAAGUUGAUCGAGUUCGAUACUGGUUUACACGGGAUGUUUUCCGUCUCGAGAUACUUGUAGCUUGGGCGUAUCAAGUCAUCAAGACGCUCUAUAGGGAGCAUUUGCUUGACGAGGCCAAGCUAACUGCCAUGCUCCACGAAGCCAUCCAAAUCAACACUUGCACGCAUGUCGCAGCGCUCGAUUUCCGAAAGAACAACUUAGGCGCUUAUGGUCUUGGUUUUGAAGAACUGCGCCUAGGUAUUCUUCGCGACGGAUACGACGACCUUCCCGAGCCAUGGACUGGUUCUCAUUUCGUUGCCAACAACAUUAAACGUCUGGUCGAUCUCGCAGAUCAAUGGUUGCUUAAGGAUCAAGAUGCAGGUGAACCGGCCAGGGCUUCAAAUCAGCAGGACUAUAAGGUGAGGUCCAAGAUUUUUGAAGAAAUGCCAACACUUGUCGAUGGGAUGCUCACUUCGGUUCUGGAAUAUGCCCGUUGGUCAGCAACGCGCCCUGAGCUGAAGACCAUGUCCCAGGAAUUUGCCAAGCUGUACAAGACGAGUUCAUUUGAGAAGCCCCUUGCCCUAGCGCGGUCAGGCAGGUGGGAAGAGGGAGCCUCUAUCGCUGAGAAGCACGAAUGUCUCCGUGCUCUCCCUAUGAUUUUGUUGGAUCAUAUACAAAUGCUCGAAGAUCGUCUUGCUGAGCCAGACUUGUCACUUGUUGACAGGCAAACCUUUAAACGACUGAGGGACAACAAGAAGGCCAAGCUGGAGAACAGCUUUUCCGUCUACGGCCAGUCAUUUGCAUUCCCGGCAUACGAGUUCCUGCUCCAAAAACACGGCGUUGAAGCUGUCCUGGAAUUUGAUCUCGACAAGUUGGGUUAUAAGACCCAGUUUCUGCGUAGCAAGCCUGAACUGGCGCGAAUAUCGUGGAUCAACGAUGUGCAGCAAGAGAAGGACGUCGGCCACAGCGCAGACACUCUCGUGACCCUCGCACUUACCAAGAACAGCAAGUGUGGAACAAGAAGAUUGAGUUUGAGUCUCGGAAAGCUUGCUCUUCUUGCUGAGCUCGAGGACAAGAAAACUGGAUUCGGGUGGCCUCAAGGUGAACGCUGA